AUGGGCUCUCUCGUUUCCACAAUGGGUUCCAAACCCUCAAAGAGCUCAAAGGCCACCAACCCCGAGGGCGAGCCACGGUACUGGUUCCGCGACAACUUCUUCCUCACAAACGACAAGAAAUACCUCGAGCCCCAGGCCAUCAACGCCGUCUUUGAAUCAGACCUCAUGUGGUGGAACGAUCCGCUGCCGGAGCAACAGAUGCGCAAGAUGCUGUCCAAUUGCAUGACGAUGAGCAUAUACCACGUACCCGAGUCGGAGAAACAGAUGCAGAGUUCGUCGUUCCCAACCACUCUGAUAUUCCAUCCACUUCUCUCCUGUAGAAUAUUCAAAGCUAACAUGGUCUUCUUCAAACGUAAAAUAGACAACGGAGCUCCGCGGAGACCAUACGGCUCCGACGUAAAGCUCGUCGGCCUCGCCCGUGUCGUAACCGACUACGUCACAUUCGCCUACCUCACCGACGUCUUCAUCAUCGAGGAGUUCCAGAGACGCGGCCUCGCCAGCUGGAUGAUGCAAGGCCUCAAGGAAAUCGUCGACGAGUGGCCCAACCUGCGAGGCCUCGUCCUCAUGACGCACGACCAGGCCGCCGCCAAAAUGUACCAGCGCGAGCUGAAAGCCCUCGACUGGGACCAAGGUCCGUCCGCUGGCUUGGUGUUGCUGGAGAUGCCGGGCGGCGGAGUCAAGGAUAUCCCAGAGGAUCACAAAUGA